AUGGCCCCCGUCCGCAACGCCCGUGUCCUCUUCAACGAAGCCCCUGCGCCCAACACCUACCCCGAGCCUGGCAAGGCGACCGCCUACGAUGAUUCCCAGACAAUCGAUCUCGAGACGGUCCCACUCAACGGCGGCUUCCUCGUCAAGAACCUCGUACUGAGCAUUGAUCCGUAUAUGCGCGGCCGCAUGCGCGAGCCUCACGUCAAAAGCUACACCCCCCCUUUCAUCCUAGGCCAGCCAAUAACUAACUUGGCCGUGGGACGCGUCCUCCGCUCCGAGCACUCCGCCAUCAAGGCGGGCGACCACGUCUACGGCUAUUUCCCCUUCCAGGAGUACGUCGUCUUCCCGAGCCCGGCUCACCUCGGCGACGUCUUCCGCGUGCUCGAGAACAAGGAGGGUCUGCCCUGGAGUGUGUACGUCGGUGUAGGCGGCAUGCCAGGCGCGACGGCGCACCACGCCUGGCACGAAUUCGCCAACGCCAAGCCCGGCGAGACCGCCUUCGUCACCGCCGCCGCCGGCCCCGUCGGCGCCACGGUCGUCCAGCUCGCGAAGACGGCGGGCCUCAAGGUGAUCGCGAGCGCGGGUUCGGAGGAGAAGGUCGCGUUUGUGAAGUCGCUCGGCGCGGACGUCGUGUUCAACUACAAGACCGAAGAUACGAAGGCGAUCUUGGAGCGCGAGGGCGGGAUCGACAUAUACUGGGACAAUGUCGGCGGGCAGACACUCGAGGCGGCGCUGGACGCUGCGCACAAGUUCGCGCGGUUCAUCGAAUGCGGCAUGAUCAGCGAAUACAACUCCGCGGGCUACGCACCCAAGAACCUAUCCCUCAUCGUCGGGAAGGAGAUCCGUAUCAGCGGGUUCAUCGUCAGCAGCCUCUACCCCAAGUACCGCGAGGAGUUUUAUAAGGAGAUCCCGCGCUUGGUGGCCGCGGGGAAGAUCAAGUACACGGAGGACCGCUCCGUGGGGCUCGAGGCGACGGGCGAGGCGAUCCUCGCGGUGCAGAAGGGCACGAAUACGGGGAAGAAGGUCAUCGUGGUCGCGGAGGAGUGA